AUGUCAGAGCCAGCGUUGCCAGAGAUUGCCAACCAGCUCAGGGCCUACUUCAAGGUCCUCAGACGUCGUCGAGGAGAGUCCAUGGCAGCUUUCUGUGUGCGGCAUCGUGAAGAAUACGCUCGCACCUGCAAAGCCUUGACAAGAGUCAUGAAGGAACAACGCCAACUUGGCCAACAAGGACCACAAGCCUGGCACUCUGGACGACGGAACUCCCAAGGGUCAAUGGAGCCCAUUCCAGAGCGUGCGCCUGCUCGGUCAUCACGAACCGGGGGGUCCAGUGAUCGAGCAGCAAACACGGCCUCCGAAUCAGACGGACUCACUACCACAGAGACCGUCGAGAACCCAGCCGAAGAGGACGACCCUACUUGGGAGGAAGAUGAAACUUGGUGGUGGUGGUGGUACGCCAACUGGUGGCAAACAGAGGCGUGGAACGCCGCCUAUAGUUGGGAGCCACCACGAAAUGAAGACGACAGCACAGCAGCCACGGCCGAUGAAGAAGAUGACGAAGAAGACUUCAUCGAGAUCUUGCCAGAUGUGAUCAAAGGAUGGCUGCUGCUAGAGAAGUCUAACAUCGACCACAUGGAAAGAAGCCUGAUCCAAAGUGAAGUUCGCAACAACUUCUCCCUCCAGUCAGUCGAGAACGCCCUGAGGAGCCACUUCACUGAUGACCAGAUCCGGAAGAGAGAUGGGGGCGAGACCCGACAUGACCUCUUUGAGGCCGAAGAUGAUGGUCUCGAGGAUGAGCCUCCUGGGGAAGCCGACAACUUCGUACUGGAAGACCUGCCCGAAGAGACACAAGCCUUCUACCAACAAGCCCGAGCCGAUGAAGAGGCCGCAUGGAUGCAGAUCCAGCAGGGGCGACAGACUCUGCGAGAGGCCCGGGCCAAGCAACAUGAUGUGCGGAUGGGGCGCAAGUUCUUCGAUAGUCGGAGGAAGCCCAACUUCCGCAUGGGAGAAAGGCAUGGCCUCGGCAAGGGCGACGGCAAGAACAAAGGAGGAGGGCCCUGCGCUCGUUGCGGAAAGGCCCACGACACUCGCUCCUGUCCCCAGAAGUCAGACACCCGAGAGACGGAGUCCAAGUCCUACGAGGCAGAAGAACACUCCGAGUUCGUGUACGGCCAGCUUUGUACCGAAGAAGCUGUCAAAGAAGGCUAUGGGGUGUUGGAUGGAGGAGCCACCAAGACCAUGGCAUCAAUCCAUGCCCUCGAGUGCUUGGAAGAAAAAGUCAUGAACAAGCAGCACAACAGCGCCAUCGUGCACGUGGACACCUCGGACAGGCCAUUGUUCGGGUUCGGCAACAGCGAGCACAAUCGCUGCGUCUCAACAUGCUACAUCAAGAUCCCCACGAAGGACCAGAACAUGAGCCUGAAAGUUCACGCCCUGGACAAGGGCAAAGCCCCAGUGCUGGUCUCAGUUGACACGCUCCGACGAAUGGGAGCCAUCAUAGAUUUUCAGCACAAUGAAGCAAUUUUUACAAAGGUCAACCCGACCAAGCUGGUCCCACUGCGCCAGUCAGCAGCAGGACAUCAGCUGAUGCCCUUGACCACCGAUUUCAUGGAGGAAGGUAAAACCCUUCCUGUGACAGCAGAGAGUCUGUCACAGCUUUUUCGCAAAGAAUAG